AUGGAAGACAGCAAUUUGGUCGAUCACGAAAACGCCCGUCUCAUCCCUUCCUCAGUACAAAGCGUUGAGAUCGAAGAAAGGGUUACUCGGAAGAAGGUUUUUGCUGUCACUAUUCUUCUCGCUGUGAAUCUUCUGAACUAUAUGGAUCGUUUUACUAUUGCUGGAGUGCUUGGCAGACUGCAAGACUACUUUUAUAUGAGUGACAAAGAGGCUGGGAUGCUUCAGACCGUCUUCAUCGUGUUUUUCAUGAUUUUUGCGCCAGUUUGUGGGUAUCUUGGGGACCGGUACAACCGCAAAAUGAUAAUGAUUACUGGGCUUACAGUGUGGAUAAUUGGAGUUACGUUAUCGAGUUUCGUUGGCCGUGAGCACUUCUAUUGGUUCAUGUUUUUGCGUGGAAUAGUGGGGAUUGGUGAAGCAUCAUACUCAACUGUUGCUCCUACCAUCAUUGGCGAUAUGUUCUACGGAUCGAUGAGAAGUAUCGCUCUAAUGGUUUUUUAUUUUGCUAUUCCAGUCGGAAGCGGUCUUGGAUUUAUUGGUGGUUCAACUAUUGCUCUGUGGACAGGAAGCUGGCAAUGGGGAGUUAGAUUCACCCCAUUUCUUGGCGCUGUAUUCCUCAUUCUCAUCGUUUUUGGACUUGAAGAGCCAAAACGUGGCCAAAUCGAGCAUGCCGAAAUUGAACCAAGCACUAUGUGGGAGGAUCUAAAAUAUUUCAUGAAGGUUCGGACUUAUGUUCUUUCCACACUUGGUUUCACUUUCGUCGUGUUUUGUACGGGUUCUGCGAGUUGGUGGACCCCACUCAUGAUGACCUAUGCCUAUGGAAUUCAACACAACAUCGACGAUGUUCCUAAGGACGAAGUGGCUCACAUUUCAAUUGUAUUUGGAGUGAUUACAUGUUGCGCUGGAAUUAUUGGAAUUAUAGCUGGAUCCACCAUUGCACAGGCUUGGCGAGAAGGUAAUUGGUGCUUCCGUGCUUCGCAUCGUGCUGAUCCAUUCGUCUGCGCUGCUGGUUCAUUCUUUGCUGCUCCGUUCUUCUUUCUAGCUUUGAUAGUAGGCAGUCAUUCGUUGAACUUUGCAUGGGUUUUCAUGUUUCUGGCAGUUACGAGUAUGUGUUUCAACUUUGCGGUUAAUAUGGAUAUGCUCAUGUACGUAAUUAUACCUAAUCGCCGUGCCUCCGCUACUGCUAUUCAAACACUUGUUGGACAUUUAUUUGGUGAUGCAUCUUCUCCAUAUAUUGUAGGAUUCAUCUCGGAUAGCGUAAGAGACGGGGCUGUAACAUCUUCGGCCAAGUACUAUGCACUGCAGUGGGCAAUGUUUUUGCCAAAUGCAAUCCUAAUACUGAGUAUUGCUUGCUAUUUAUGGGCGACUUUCUACGUCGUUGAUGAUCAUCAUCGUGCAAAAGAUGACAUGCAUGUAGAUGAUGAACAAUCCCAUCGUCGAUUGAUUGAUUUCCUGUCAUCAUCAAAAAACAACAAGCAGUUCAGACUUCUCAUGCGUGUCUGGGUACUGGUCUUCUCUUUCUUGUCAUCCGUCACCUUUCUGUUCUUACCCCACGGGUAUGCCAUGGCAGCAGAAAAAGGGCUGUUACUUAACUAUCUAUCUAUCUAA